ACCCGGAGUUAAUGCGCGUGCACGGUGCAUGUAUAAAGACAUUUUCAAUGGAUCGCCGAUUUCACGAGUCACCAUGGAAACUCAAAGCGAAAAAAAAGAGAGCCGCGUAUUUCACAGAGGCGGAGUUGGAAGUUUUAAUGCAUGCUUAUGAGGAGUUUAAGCCAAUAAUAUUAAAAAGAAGCAAUACAGCUGCAUCGGCUAAAGCAAGAGAGUUGGCUUGGCAAAAAAUAACGGACAGAGUAAAUGCGUGUAAUCCUUCUGGAGCCACAAGAACUUUAAGCCAAGUCAAAAUGAAACACAAAAACAUUCUGCAAAAAGCUAACAGAAAGAAGACUGAAGCCCGUCUAACUGGCGGGGGGCCACCACCACCUCCCCUCACCCCAUCUGAGGAGCUGGCUCUGUCCCUUAAUAAAGGGCGACCAGUGGUUGCUGGCAUUCCAGGGGGCAGUUCAUCACACAUACUAUGCACCACAAGUGAUGGUGAAAAAAGGAUACUGAUGGACGGAUUGUAUUAUUGGACUCUCCAGAAAGAACACAGUCUGUCACAGUUGAUGAAGAUGAUGAUGACGAUGAAGAGACCACAUCUGCUGUGACAGAAGUGGACAGUGCUGGUAGAUCCACUGAGGUAUGAUGCAUACCAUUAUGAUGUAUGGCCCCUUUUUGCAUUAGAGUAACAAACUGUCAUUGUCCUUUCAUAGUACAUACCUAGGGAUCUGCCCACAGAUGAGGGUCCUUCAGCCUCAGCACACAAUCUAAGCAGGGUAAGAAUUUGUGUCCAUGUGUCCAUAUUUUAAUUUUAUUGUCUGACCAAACAAUCUCAUUUAUUACAUUUUUCCACCUUAGUUGCCAGCAAAGGAGCUGUAUAAGGUCCAUCUUCAAAAACAAAUAAGAAAAAGUGACAUGGAGAUGGACCUUAUACAGCUUCAAAUGGAAGAGAAAAGGCUCCUCAUUAAAAAAGCAGCACUUGAAAUAGAAUUACUUGAGAAUCGCCUUAAGGAAAUGAAGAAAUAAACUGCCUGGCAGACCAGUGCAA